AGAGAGAACCUGCUUUGUAGAAUGCACUGUAAUUCUCUACCACACUUUAAGGAUGUAAUGCUGACAAUCUGCUCAGUUUUCAAGAAGCUGGGAGGAAUUCUGAGGCUGCUGUCCAGUAGAAUUGCUGCAGCAACCCAUACAAUUGCCUUUUUUUUUUUUUUUUUUUUUUUUAAAGAGAUGAUGCUGAACGUUUUUUGCCAAGGGUAAAAAGCAAAUCUCAGUUGCGAGUGGCUUUCUUAAAACUUGAUCACGGGGGAUUUUAAGCGAUAAAGAGCUGCUGGGUUUCUAUUUACUGCAGUGGGAACAAGUUGUAGGAUGAAAUCCAGGGAUUAAAAGACCCAUUUUCCACUUCGUUGUUUGCAAAGGAAUCUACUGAAAUGACUUUGAGGAUCUUAAGGUUGGAACUAUGUGGCGGGAGAAUGCAGGGAUAAAGCUGGCAAAGAUGGGGAAAAUUGGCUAUGCUCUCCUGGUACUCCAAGCUCUUCUGGCGCAAUUGGAUCUUGUUCGAGGAGCAGAGAAAAGUUAUCCCAUACUCAACAUUGCAGUGAUUCUGGGGAGGACCAAGUAUAUCACAGAGCGAGACAUCCGAGCUCUCUGGAGCAGGGAAAUGUCGGCAGACUUGGCCAUUGAUGUCAACGUAGUGACCCUUUUGGUGAACCAGACUGACCCUAAAAGCAUUAUAACGCAUGUUUGUGACUUGAUGUCAGGCACCAAGAUCCAUGGGGUAAUUUUUGGAGACGAUACUGAUCAGGAGGCGAUAGCUCAGAUUUUGGAUUUUAUUUCAUCUCAGACUUUUAUUCCAAUUCUGGGAAUUCAUGGCGGCUCCUCCAUGAUCAUGGCAGAUAAGGAUGUGAUGUCCACAUUCUUCCAGUUUGGGGCUUCUAUCCAGCAGGAAGCCAUUGUCAUGCUGAAAGUGAUGCAAGAUUAUGACUGGCAUGUUUUUUCCCUGGUGACCAGCACCUUUCCUGGAUACCGGGACUUCAUAAGUUUCAUCAAGACCACAGUGGAAAACAGUUUUGUGGGCUGGGACAUGCAGAAUGUGAUCAUACUUGAUACUGCCAUUGGGGAUGCCAAGACCCAGAUUCAGUUGAAGAAAAUUCAUUCAUCUGUUAUCCUGCUUUAUUGUUCCAAGGAUGAAGCUGUUUACAUUCUUGAUGAAGCCCGUUCCCUAGGCCUUACAGGCUAUGAUUUCUUCUGGAUAGUCCCCAGCCUGGUUAGUGGCAACACAGAAAUCACUCCCAAGGAAUUUCCUUCAGGGCUAAUUUCAGCAUCCUAUGAUGAAUGGGACUAUAGUUUAGAAGCUCGGGUGCGGGAUGCUCUUGGGAUUAUCAGCACAGCUGCAUCAGCCAUGUUGGAAAAGUACUCCUUCAUUCCAGAAGCAAAAACCAGCUGCUAUGGACAACUAGAGAAGAAUGAACGACCAUCUCACACGCUACACAAGUUUAUGAUGAAUGUGACUUGGGAAGGUAAAGAUUUGUCCUUCACAGAAGAUGGCUACCAGGCACACCCAAAGCUGGUGGUGAUAGUGCUGAACAAGGACCGGAAGUGGGAAAAGGUGGGAAAAUGGGAGAACAAGACUCUGAGCCUGACGUAUUCCGUAUGGCCAAGAUUUAGUUCUUUCGCAGACAGUGACCCUGAUGACAACCACUUGAGUAUUGUUACCCUGGAGGAGGCCCCCUUUGUCAUCGUUGAGGAUAUGGAUCCUUUGACAGAAACUUGUGUAAAAAACACUGUGCCAUGCCGUAAAUUUGUCAAAAUUAACAACUCAACUAAUGAAGGAACUAACAUAAAGAAAUGUUGCAAGGGAUUCUGCAUUGACAUCCUGAAGAAGUUAUCUAGAACUGUGAAGUUCACGUAUGACCUAUAUCUGGUGACCAAUGGGAAGCAUGGCAAAAAGGUCAAUAAUGUGUGGAAUGGAAUGAUUGGUGAAGUGGUCUAUCAGAGAGCAGUUAUGGCUGUUGGUUCUCUUACAAUUAAUGAAGAGCGUUCAGAAGUGGUUGACUUCUCAGUGCCAUUUGUUGAGACUGGGAUAAGUGUCAUGGUGUCAAGGAGCAAUGGCACGGUGUCUCCAUCUGCAUUUCUAGAGCCUUUUAGUGCUUCUGUCUGGGUGAUGAUGUUUGUGAUGCUUCUCAUUGUGUCCGCCAUGGCUGUCUUUAUAUUUGAGUACUUUAGUCCUGUAGGAUAUAACAGGAACUUAGCAAAAGGGAAAGCUCCCCACGGGCCAUCCUUCACCAUUGGAAAAGCAGUGUGGUUGCUCUGGGGCUUGGUGUUCAACAACUCUGUGCCUGUUCAAAACCCGAAAGGGACAACCAGCAAAAUCAUGGUGUCAGUUUGGGCCUUUUUUGCUGUCAUUUUCUUGGCUAGCUACACUGCCAACCUGGCUGCAUUUAUGAUUCAAGAGGAAUUUGUUGACCAGGUGACUGGGCUAAGUGAUAAAAAGUUUCAGAGGCCACAUGAUUAUUCACCCCCCUUUCGAUUUGGAACCGUUCCAAAUGGGAGCACAGAGAGAAACAUCAGAAACAAUUACCCAGAUAUGCACCUCUAUAUGACAAAGUAUAAUCAGAAAGGCGUUGAGGAUGCAUUGGUCAGCUUGAAAACUGGGAAGUUGGAUGCUUUCAUCUAUGAUGCAGCAGUGCUGAAUUACAAGGCUGGAAGAGAUGAGGGCUGCAAACUUGUAACAAUAGGCAGCGGAUACAUCUUUGCCACUACGGGCUAUGGAAUAGCUCUCCAGAAAGGGUCACCUUGGAAGAGACAGAUUGACCUAGCACUCCUUCAGUUUGUUGGUGAUGGAGAGAUGGAAGAAUUGGAAACACUGUGGUUGACUGGUAUUUGUCAUAAUGAAAAGAAUGAAGUCAUGAGCAGCCAGCUGGAUAUUGACAACAUGGCAGGCGUAUUUUACAUGCUCGCAGCAGCUAUGGCACUCAGCCUAAUAACCUUUGUCUGGGAACAUUUGUUUUACUGGAAACUCAGAUUCUGCUUCACUGGGGUCUGCACAGAUAGGCCAGGAUUGUUGUUCUCAAUCAGUAGGGGUAUUUAUAGCUGUAUUCAUGGAGUGCACAUUGAGGAAAAGAAGAAAUCACCUGACUUUACUUUGACCAGCUCCCAAACCAACAUGUUAAAACUACUGCGAACAGCCAAAAAUAUGACCAAUAUUAAUCCUUCAAGAAUUAAUUCCCCCAAAAGAACAGGUGAUUUUAUUCAAAGGGGUUCGCUAAUUAUGGAUAUGGUCAUGGAUAAAGGGAAUUUGAUAUUCUCUGAAAACAGAUCCUUUCAGCCAAAGGACAACCUUUUUGGUGACAAUAUGAGUGAACUGCAAACAUUUGUCAGCAACCGACACAAAGACAAUCUUAACAACUAUGUUUUCCAAGGUCAGCAUCCUCUCACACUAAAUGAAUCAAAUCCAAAUACAGUGGAAGUUGCUGUUACAGCAGAAGCAAAAGUAAACUCCAGACCCAGGCAGCUUUGGAAGAAAUCUGUGGAAUCUUUACGUCAAGAAUCAAUUCGUCAGAGCCAAGGAUCACAGAGAGAAAAUGGUUCAGAAGAAAAUAGGCAGCAUUCUGUAAAGGGCCAGAGAUACCUUCCUGAAGAGAUUGUCCAUUCGGAUGUAUCAGAGACCUCAAGCAGAACCACUUGCCAUAUGGAACCCGAAAACAAUAAUAAACACCACAAAACCAAGGACAAUGUUAAAAAAAGAUCAGUGGUGUCAAAAUACCCAAAGGACUGUAGUGAUGUGGAGCUGACAUACCUGAAAGCCAAACAAAGCACUCCUCGGGAUAAAAUUUACACAAUCGAUGCUGACAAGCAGCCAGGUCUCCACCUGAACCCACCCCCGUAUAUUGAAAAUAUUGUCCUUCCAGAGACUAUUGAAUUCCCUGCUGCUUACCAAGAUCACAAUGACAACUACAGGAAAGCAGAACAUGGUAACAGGACUCCUUUGCAUAACGAAGACAGUCUUCCAAAUAAUGACCAGUACAAACUUUAUUCAAAGCACUAUAGCUUAAAAGAUAAAAAUGCUUCCCUAGUCGAGGUGAAUGAUAGAUACAGACAGAAUUCCACCCAUUGCAGGAGCUGUCUUUCCAAUCUGCCCAGCUACACAGGCCAUUAUUCAAGCAGGUCUCCCUAUAAAUGUGAUGCUUGCUUGAGGAUGGGGAACUUAUAUGAUAUUGAUGAAGAUCAAAUAUUGCAGGAAGCAGCCAACUCCGAGCAUCCUGAAGAAAUGUAUGAACAUGACUGGGUUCAGAAUAAUGCAAUCCAGCAUCAGAAAAAGGAUAAGCUGAGGAUCAGCAGGCAACACUCUUUUGACAACAUCCUCGAUAAGUGCCGGGACAUAGAUAUUGGAAGACCUGCUCGAAGCAUAAGCUUGAAAGAGAAAGAGAGGUUUCUAGACAGCAGCUCAUAUGCAAACACAUUUCAUUUCCCCCCAAGCAAACUGUUGAGUAACAAGAGCUCACUUGUAACGCAAACUCUGGAGGACAGUAAGCGGAGCAAAUCCCUGUAUCCUGAUCACUCUGCAGAUAACCCUUUUCUGCACUCCUAUCGUGAUGACCAGCACUUCGUUUUUGGGCGAAGUCCUGCUGAUCUUUAUAAACAAUCAUUAGCAGCAAAAGCAAGAAAUGAUAAUUAUUCAAAGUCAUCCAUAAAGUCCACAGCAUCAUACAGUUCCCGAGAUGGCCGGGUCCAUAAUGAUAUGUACCUUUCAGAGCAUGUUAUGCCUUAUGUUGCAAAUAAGAAUAGUGUGUACUCAACUCCAAGAGUUUUAAAUUCCUGCAGCAAUAGACGUGUGUAUAAGAAAAUGCCUAGUAUUGAAUCAGACGUUUAAGUUUUCCAUUUACACUUUAUCUAUAGGGAAACAUAGUUGCCACCAUCUUAGAGGCAAAGAGUGUAUUCUUAAACAGUACUAUGCUAAAUGAUAAUAUGCAAAACCCACAGUGUACCCUCAGUACUUGAAUAGGGAAGAUGAUAUGACAUCUUUUCAGAUGUAUCCAGGGUUUGUUGAAAAGUGGGGGGAAGCCAUUUAUAUAAAUGGAGGUUGAAUUGAAGGGCCCCAAGAUACACAGGCGCUGACUUUUAUUUUUCCCAGUGAGUGCUCCACCCCCCACUCCACCCUCCCCUGAACGCCUGUUGGCAGCCGUGCCCAACAGCUGUGGCUGGUGGGUGCUGAACACCCCCUAUUUUCUUUUCCGUAGGUGCUUGAGCCCCAGAGCACCCACUGAGUUGGCACUUAAGCCAAGAUAUGUUGGCAACUAUGCUAUUUUGUAUUUUGAUUAUUUUACUAUUUUAGUUAUGCUAAAUUCUGUUACUGAGCAUCACUCAAUGUAUUUCUGUCAUCAGGAAUGUUUAAUGGUUUUCUAAUACUGGAUAAGCAAUAUGGUAUGCAUGUAGUUUGACAGACAAAAAAAAGUUAAGAGCGCAUUUGCACUGUAACUAAAUACAGACUUGUAAAAGAAUAGAGAGUUAGACUUUCAAAACUAUAUUUUAGUUUCAUAUUUGUUUUCAAACAGUCAAAAUAAUUAAAAAGAAAAAAACUCAGGGCCCUAAAAUGGAAUAAAAUCUGUGUUAGCACAAAAAUGUUAUGCUCAUUCUAAUCUCAUAAAGAUAAAUGUGGAAAAUAUAGGCCCAAACUGUUAUGUAUCAAAAGGAAGACAUAUGGAUAUUGGUUAAUGCUGGUGUACAAAUGCUUUCAUUAUAUUUCAUAAGCACUUACAGUUACAAACUUAGUUACUAAAAUAUUCUGCAGUUUCAUUGUGCAGUUAAAAACAAGCUGCAUAACCUAGAAUAUAUAUUUUUAGAUAUCAAUAUAUGGAUCUUAAAUCUGCCAAGCUAUGGACCUCAUUAUUUAUCUUGAAACCUAAUAUGUAUGUAAGUUUGCAUUUCCCCCUUAACGGUCAUUACUCAGGGCUGUAUAGUAUCUCUUUUAUCCCUUCAUUACAAAACAAAAUAAUAAUGAAAACACUUGUAGCUCAUUGUUCACAAUGCCGUAGUGGUGACAUUUAAUUAAUUGUAUGUUAAUAUUAUUACAGUUGUUAAUAUUGUAUCAGACACCAACAUAUGUUUAAUGUAAUCAGUAAGGAAUGCAAUACCAUUUUUGCAUAUACCGUAUUAUGAAAGAUUAACACCUUUUUAGUGACUUCUUCCUUCUAGAAUAUCUUGUAUAUUUGUUGAACAUCAGGCUAGUUUUUUAAACCUCUCUAACCUUUCAUAAAGAUUUAAUGUAUCCACACAUAGUAAUGUAGUUAUAGCGAAACUAAAGGACAAUAUCUUUAUCAUCACUCAUGAGGCAUAUGUUAAAUAACCCAUUGAUGGUUCAAAGCCAUUCACGAGGUUUAGAUGCAUUCUUACACAACAUUUGUUUCUGGGCUCACCAGAUUAUUUCACAUAUAUACAUUAUACAAUCUGCACUCCAGAAAUAUACACCGCAUUUUAACAAGUGGGAAAAUGUAUACCAAAGUAAUGUGUGCAAUGGAAGACAUUCAACAAGCUGUGCUCACCUAUUCCCUGAACUAUGCUGAGAGCUGUUCCAUUUACUGUGCUGGGGGAAGAUAGUUCAAAUUUAUAUGAAUGCAAUUUCCUUAAAGAGUUCAUUGAAGAUGUGGCUGAAUUGGAAAAUUCUAGUGGAAAACAAUGGAAUUGAGUGGAGAAAGUCAAUUGGACUGGAAAAUGUAAUCUUUGCUGGGCAAAAAUAACCUUAGUCUUUUUCAACCCAAGUGUCCAUAACUCUCCCCUAAGCUCUGACUCUCUGAAAGAGAAGUAUCAUGUUCAUAUCAGAUAAAGCUAUAGUGUCUAUAUGAAAUAAGUACAACGUACCAAUUGUUGUCAUGAAUCGUGAUAGCAUACUUCACAGGAGAGAAAAUAUAGACAAAAUUCUUGUGCUCUACACAUUUAUAAAGUGUAUUCAGAAUAGAGGGCCAAAAUUAGGGAUGAGACAAAAUUUAGUCCUGAUUACAGCUGCUUGAAUUAUUUCUUGAAAACAAUGUAUUAAGUAGAUUUGAGCUUCAUUUCAGUUAAUGAAUUGUCCACAAUGAGCUUUUUACAAAUUUGUUGAUGGUGGUUGGUAUUUUCAAAUGUCCCAAAGGGAAUUGGGCACUCAACUCUCAUUGGAAUUCAAUGGGAAUUGGGGGCCUAACUCCCUUCAGCUCCUUAGAAAAUCUCAAUUGAGAUUAUUACCCCCAAAUAUGUUUAUAAAAUCUGUGAGGUUUUGCCAGCUGUUCACAAUGAGUACUCCCUUGAUAAUUCUGUAUUCAAAUUUGAUCUUUGUUAGGGUGACCAGAUGUCCCAUUUUUAAAGGGAGAGUCCUGGUUUUGGGGAGUUUCUCUUAUAUAGGUACCUAUUACCCUCCACCCCAUCCCAUUUUUUCACAGUUGCUAUCUGGUAACCCUAGUCUUUGUAAUAAUCCCUAGUCACACAGUAUGGUUUCAAUUUUCUGAUUAGAUGACCUAACUUUUAUGAGUAGGAGGCACAUGCCAGCCAGGAUCACUGAGGUGUUGACUUUCUCAGAAAGAUGCUGAGAGGAGCUCUUAAGGAAGAGAAACCUAGUCUGAGCUAAGCAGGGCUAGGAAAUUCUAGGUCACCAUCUUAUAGCUGUUGUCCACUUUACUGUUGUGGAACUUGACUGGCUCAUCUGUUUCCUGGUUCCCCAUUUCUCCUUGAUGAUGGUGGUAAGGUUAAUAACCCUCUUGUGUGUAUAUGGAUGUGCUUGGACCACAAGAAGAGAAGUUCCACAGGGUAGUUGUCCCCCGAAACCAAUCCCUUCCACCUUAGUAUCUCAGCACACUGCAGGCACCUUACCCUGGACAAGGACACAUUCUGCUCUUUCAGCAUCAUCUGUCCUACUCUUCAUUGCUGUUCAGUGUGAACUUUCAUGUAGGGUGUUUUAAAAUCUCUGCCAUUCUUUUUUGCUUUUCCCAUACUCGCUCCCAAACACCUUAACUCAGAGCACAUAGGUGGCUAGGUAAGUGCUUCUUUCAGAACACUCUGUUCUUCCCACACAAUCAUCUGGACAAAAACUGGUUGGCCUUAUGUUUGUGGGAAGGUGAACAAACCAAGGGUAUGAAUGCUAUUAUAUUGAACCACAAAUUGGUUUAGCAAAUAUAUUUGUGGCAAAUUGUUUCCACUGUUUGUCCAAUGCUAGUCACGCUCUAAAGGCUUAGAUUAUUUUGAAGCAGCAGAGUAACUCUUAUUUAAAUCAAUUUGCCAUCCCUACCUGUGACAUUGAAUUUACUGGGAAUUUUAUCACAAGAUGAAUCAUGAACUUUGCAAUGACUCCAUCUUCAUCAUUAUGAUUUGCAAUAAGUCUGUCAAAAUCUGAUAAUUCUAAGGUUGCUGUGUCAUCUGUUUCUGUAUAUAGACCCACAUGCUUUGCAUGUUGUGUAUAUAUACAUGGAUACUGUGCUUUAAAAUCUUGAUUUUUUUUCCCAUUUGCAAAAUUUUCUAGGUAACUGGAGAUUCAAAUGUAAGUGUCCUGAAAACAGGUGGACUUGUACUUCUGUGAAAUGUACAAGCAGAUUAGCUGUAAAAUAUAUUGUGGUGUGUUCUUUUUCUGAGGUGGGUGGAAUUUUGGAGAUUAUUGUAAUUGAGACAGCAUUCAUCUUAGUCACUACAUAGAUGCAAUGUAAAUGUGCAGCAGAAAGAAACCAAAUUUAAGAAGCAGCAGGAAGGCUGGGUAAUAUAGUAGCACAAUUAUUCACAUGGGAAUGAACAAUGAUGCCUUAAUGGGAGGAACCACAUACAUUGUGGUGAUAAGAAUCUGAGUGUAUUUGCCAUCUUGAUCUUGUGGCAUACAACAUGAACUAAACAGAGAAGAAAUGUAAAGGCUCAUCUUCAGGGACAAAGGUGGGGUGGUUACUGCUGGAUCUGUGUAAAAAAAAAAAGCAAUUUAAAAAGUUGAAGAAAAGCUUUCGGCAAUAGAGCCAAAAGCCACAGCAUGUAAUACUGAGCCAUAGAACCCUGGGGAGGUCUGGCUUUUGUCUGCCUGUAGUACUCUCACAUUGUUGAUACCAUUGCACCAACAGUCAAAUUGAGAUCAAGGAUUUCUUUAUCUCCUUCCUUUCUUGGAGAGGGAAAGGGAAACCUCAUGCAUGUGACCCCCAUCUCUAUACUUCCAUGGGUAGUGCCUAUUACUUGUUACACGUUCUCAAUUACCAUUGCAGUGUUAUCACCAAAGAGUUGAUCCAGACCCCAGUGACGUUAAUGGAAAGACUCCCAUUGGCUCCAGUGGGAGCUGGAUCAGACUCUACAUCACUAUGACCAUUGUUGUCAUUGGUUCUUAAGACUGUUUACUGUUACAUACAUUAAGACUGUUACCUUAGAUAGCUCAGGUACAUAAAGGUGAAAACAGCUACUGCUGAUAUAUUUGCUUCUUGUUCCUUUCCUGUUUCACAGAAAUUGUAGAAGUAUCUUUGUGGCUUUGCCCCUCCCAUUUCAUCCCAGUAUGUUUUUCCUUUAUUCUUUUUUUUUAAUUGUUUUCCCCCUCUAAUUACAUGUCCUAUACCACAGUCUCCACAUUUGCUAUAUUCUGCAGCCACCCACUAACUACCACUCCCACAACAAAAAGGGAAAAACAUGAUAUUUAAACACCGGGGGGGGGGGGGGGGAGAAAAACAGAUGUUUUUUUUCCUAUUUCUGGCAAAUUUCUUUUGAUAUUUUGCCUAUUCUUUCUCUGACAUCACUAUCUCCCUACUCAAGAAUCUCAGAUAUGAGCAGGUGCUCUGGGGAUGAAUUGAACCAUGUCGCACGUAGCAAACUGUGCUCCAGCAUAAUCUCCUAGUUCUCCCUUUCCUUUCUGCAUGCCAGCAUAAUCUUUCAGCUGCCCUUGCAUGAGAACACACAACAAGGUUUAAAGAAAUCAAGAGAGUCUUUUCCUGCUAAAUUUUAUCCACAUGGUUUUGAAAGUGGCAAAGAGUUGGAUUCUGCUAGUUUCAUUGUAGGUAACUACGAUUUCCAAAGUAUGUGACAGUAGAAAUUAGUCCCUGAUUCUAAUACCUUACUCCCCAGUGUUCCCACUAUUUUCCUGGUGACCACACAUGGUGUAAAGGAACAAUUCAAUGGAAAGUAAGGGUAGCAAAAUCUGUCCCUUGUAGAAUAAUUUAAUAUCAACAUCAUUACUAUACUACUAUAUGUGCUUUUUAAAGAACGAGGUAGGGGAAGAUAUGGAAUUACUCAAUGUGCUUUUAUUUCUAAAUCAAUCAAUAGAUCAGGAAUUCCUGGUUUGAACAAUAGCAGAAGCAAAGGACUAAGAAUCAAGCUCAGAAUCUGGAAGAAUUAAUAGAUGAAAUCUUUUGCUGUUUGAUUCACAAUUAUUUCAUUAAGAAAUAUGGUAAAUAAGAGCUAAUAAAUACGUUGAUAAUUACGGAAUAUUCCUCUCUUGCUUAAUAUAGAGUGAUAACUGCUCUACAUACUUGAUGGACAAUAUCAAGCAUUGGUCAUCAGUAUGUGCUCCGUUCAAUCUGAGAAAAAACGUGCAUGAGGUUCUCUCCAUCCUUAGAAAUCCAAGGUUAGUACUUAGGAUCCUUAUGACAGAUUGCAUACCAGAACAGGGUAAUGUCCAUUACAAUUUAAACUAAAUACAAUAGCAUUAUAAUGGUAAAGUAGUCUUGGUGUAGAAAGUAUUUCCUGCAAGUGGAUGUAAAUGGCCGUCUUUUUUGACUAGCCAUCCUCUCUGGUGUGAGACUCUUCCAGAUACUGUACUACCGUUUCCGUAUCUGAGCAGUGCGUGGAAGAAUAGUCACUUUAACAUUGUAGAGUAUGAACCAUUUUCUUAGUCAAUCUACACUGUACUGUGUUAGUAUUUAAUUAUAUUAGCAAAAUAUUAGUAUUUAUUGUCACUAAUAGGAAAGAAAAGUAAUCAUAACUGCACACUUAUAUUUGCGAAUAUAAACACAACUGCAUACGUACAUGUGAUGGAAUACAAAAAGAUCCACCUGCUUUCAUCAAACCCAAUUGCAAAGCUUCCAUUGGCUUCAACAGAGGCAGCACCAGGACUCACAUGCUUGUUACAUAAUUUUGAAAAUUUACAGGAGUGUUCAAUCUGAAAUAAGCAUACUGUACAUAUGGUAAAGUCAUGGUUAAUGGUUAGCUUUCAUUGUGGUGUUAACAGAAUACCAAUUCUUCAUUAUAAUGCAGUCAGAACCAUGUUUGUGAGCUUAAGAGAUGGUGAUCUAUAUUCAUUGAGGUCUAGUCCCACACUGACCUGUGGGGAGAGUUGUAGAACUCCCUUCUGACACUGCUGGGGAACAGGCCACAGUGUUUGUAAAUAAGAUCCCCAAUGAUUUCACAUGUCAACAAUCAGAUUCACUUUGCAGCAUUUCCCCAGACCCGUGUACUGAGUAUCUUCUGUAGAACUAGACGCUCUUCCAAAACCCUGCAUCUUUUAAAGUUAGGAUUAUAAAUGUGCAGGCUCCUCCAAAACAGUGAAAACGCUCUUACUUGUUCUUGCAUGUUCAUGAGUUGUUGGUUUUUUUUUUGUUCCGUCUCAUAUAUAGCAUAUACCAUGUACUGUACAGUCAGUGGUUUAAAUGGUUUUAAAAUUAGUGUUAGUCUAAAGAGCUGUCAGGAUUCCAAUGCAGAUCACGCAAUAAUGAUCUUGCUAUAUAAUCAUAUCUAUAAUUUAAGAACCAAAAAUAAUAUUAAGGUGAUCACCGAGUUACCUCUUUGCUGCUUAGAUCUUUUUUGUUUUGUUUUGAAAUAUUUGAAUUCUCCUUUUUAGUCCUUUUGAUUAAUUCUUUAUUUGUAUUAAAAGCAAGGCUAAAUUAGUAUAGAAUAUAAUCAUGCUGUAACAUUGUCAUGCAAGACCUUCAUUAAUAGAUUAACCCAUUACAUGUAUUAUAUAUAUUUAAAAAGAGACGCUUCUGAUUCUCCACAACUUAAAAAGUAGUGCUGAUAGCUAGUUAUACUCUCCAAUAUUUUUUUGUCCUUUCCCUUUUGUAUUAGUAUUUGUUUUUACUAAUAUAGUUCAAAAGUAUAUUUCUAUAUGCACGUUAUAAAUCUGUGAAAAUAAAUACCAAUAAAUAUAAUAUUGUGAUACUAAUACAGUGCAAUGUAAAAUUACAAGUAAGAUUAUACUUUGUUAGGGAACUAAUAAAGUUUCCCUCAUUUCUCACAAAUGGCACUAAGCUUUAAUGUGGGGGAAUGGUUGCAUUUACAUGGACAUGAAAUUAACAUGGAGAGGAUCUUAUUUUGCUUUUAUGUUGCUAUCAGGAGUAGGGCUAUGUUUUCCCGAGCAAAUGCAUAACGAGAAUAAAUAACAAUCUAAAUAUUGUAUAUUGCAGUACAUCAUAUGCUUGGAAAACUCCUUUUUUACAUAUUUUUGUCAAAGGACAAAACCAUCAUUUUUGGAUUCUUCUAUUAUAAAUCAUUUGCUGAUCAGGUCUUCUGAUGAUGAAUCAGAAAAACAACGUAUGCUAUUUCUUGGGGAGGAGAUUCUGCUUCUGAGCUUCAGUGUCGAGCUGACUCGUGCAGAAUCUUUAGUUAUGCAACUUAUGUUAGGAGUUGUGCAGCUAAAGGCCCACACACCGUGCCAGGUUUUUGCAUGUGUACACCAAUAACAGUGUUAUCGGGCUUUUAUAUGAAAUGUUUCUUGAAUGGAUGGAAUCUGUGAAGCAUAUUUACUCCGAACAUUAUCAAUAAAAUCAGAAGGGUCUUAAGAGCUAUUGUUAGGGAUAUGGCAUACAGAAGGUAAAAUGAACAUUAUGUUCAGAACUGGGAAAAGGAAACAAGUGUAAGAUUUAAAAUGACAUGUAUUGGCAGGUAUCCUGCAAUUUGGAUACUGGUUAUCAGAGAGAGAUUUUUAAGCAUACAGAAAUUGUUGACCUGGAAGAUUCAAGUGCUGUUGAGUUUAUAAUGCUAGCCCAUCACUAAGAAAAUGGGAGGAAAAAAAGAUGAGGGUUACACGGCAAAAAGGGGUCAAGGAAUGAAAUUAAAUAGGUAGAGGUUGAUUUUAUGGAAAAGGAAAUCCUAUCAUCUUGAUAUGCACAAGUGUAUUAGAGGUAAUAGGAACAAAAUCUGUAAUUUUCCUGCAUAUUGCUACUAUUGGAUGCACUAUUAAAUUAUAUGAGCCUGAUAUUUUAAUUACCAGACACCAUAAGAUUUUUUAUUUAAAUUAAACACGCUAACCUAAAUAUAUAUACACCCGUGUGCAUACACAUGCCAACAUGAUGAUGUGUGAGCAUUCUCCCAAAAUAAGUAUUGUAUUACUGGAAGCAUUUCCAGAAAUGUUUUAUUUUUAAAUGACUGCAUUCUUCCCCCUCAAAACCCUCUUCUUUAUAAUGUCGCAAGUACUGACAAACAUUUAUUGUAUUGCUUUGUUUAUAUUACGAUAGCGCUUAGAGGCCCCAAUAAGGAUCAGGAUCCCAUUGUUGUAGGCUCUGUAAAAACACAUGGGAAGAGACAGACCCUGUCUCAAAGAGCUGACAAACUAAUUACAUGCUGUUCUUUAGUAAUGCAUGUGAAAAUUAGUUAGACAAAAAUAAAAGCAGAUUUUGCUCAUGCUGAUUAUAUUGUAAAGCCAGUUCCUCAGCUGGUGUGUCAGUGCAGCUAUGUUGACUUCAAGGGAGUUAUGCUGAUUUGCCCCAGUUGAGGGUCCAGCACCUAGAGUUUGAUAUACUACGGCAGUUACUAAGCAAAGUUAUUAAAAAGAGGCAACUAAUAAACAUUUCUGCUGCCUGCUAGUACAUCUAUCUACAUAGUCUAGGCAGUCGUUAUGUGGUCCCUUCUGAAACGGAGAGACAAGGUAGGUGAGGUAAUAAUACCUUGAAGUGGUCAAACUCUGUACUGACAACAAUGAAUGUCAUGUCUGAGCAAGGACUGAGAGAGGACUGCAGUAUUUGGCUCUAAAGUUAUAUCAUUUUAACCAAAAACUAUUACAGAAAAUGUCCAGUUCUCAGCAUGCUUUUUCAUUAAACUCCCACAACUCCUCUUUUGGAAAGGUCAUUCAAGGCAUUCCUGGCAUAGUUUUUGUUUUUUUUCCCCUCUUUUUUUCAAAUGAGAGUUUUAAUUGUUUCUAUUAACCUUUUCCCCUUCAAUCCUAAUGGGGAAAAAUCCUUGGAGUCAAAUUUUGCUUACAGCUGAGUGCAUGCAUCUUUCAUUGAAGGACUUGACUUCAGGUCCUUUGUCUACAAUAAAACCAUCUUUGAUUAAUUUACUUUUAUCUGGCCCAGUCCUGGAUUCCUUAUUCCGGUAAUAUCCGAUUGACUUAAAUAGGAAUGUUUUGGACAGUAAUGCUGUAUCAAAUCCAUUUUUCUCAGUUUUUCACAGAUAUGAUUUAAACAAGUGAUGUGCGGUAAAAGAAUGAAAGUUGCAUUAUGUGAAAUUAUAGAAUUUUUAAUAAGAGCCGUUUACAAUUUGUAGUUUACAUUAGCUCGCCCAUGUGCACUUUUGGAUGGAAUUUAUGAUAAAAUUUUAAACUAAUAUCUCAUUCAUUCCACAACCAGCAUUUUGCACUGGAAAAGACAAUCUGAUCUGUAAACUUGUACACAUAAACAUGAGCUAUCUUUUGUCUGCCCUAUUAUCAUUAGCAUAUACAAACAGGAUUUGCGUGUGUUAGGAACAUGUCUACCUGAUUUGAAUGCAUCCAUCCUGUUUGUAUGCAGAGUUUUAACAUGUGUUGCUUCCAAGUGCUGUCUCAGGCCCAUAAUUUGUGAGUUAAUAGCAUUAAUUUUAAAUCAUCAUAUUUUAAUGCCUCUUUUCAUUGAUUUGACCUUUUACGGUUUAAUGAUUUUGAUUGAUUUAAAUGACUGUGUGCUACCAGGAUCAAAAACACUUGAAAAUAUAAUUAUUUAAGAUAAAGAAAAACAAAAACUUCAGUUAAAAUUUUAAAAAUGUUUUUUUCUAAUUACUUGAAUUUAAUUUUAAUAUGUAGUCCCAAUUUCCUUCAUGUACAAACAAUUAUUAUUUUUUGGAAGAAAAGAAAACUACUACUAUGAUUGGAAUCCUACUGUAAAAUUUACAGACAGGUCUCAAGAGCACAGAUUAGAAUUUUUAGCCUUGGCAUAAGUUAUUUAUAAUACUCUAAAGGCUGAGCCAUAGUUGAAAAUUAAUAUUGGAUUGAGCCUCAAAAUUUUGAGUUCAGAUUAUUUUGUUUUUGUUAGUAACAUUUGUUAGUGUUCUCAGAAAAUACAAAUUCACAAUAGUAGCUGAAGGCUUUGUUCUUAAAGGAGACUAGCUAUUUGUACCUGCUUAAAAGUAUUCCCAGUAAGAUAGAAAAAAAAAUAUCUGGAGUUAUUACACAAAGUGGUAAUCUUCCACCCCAGUAGUAGAAAUAUGUAUUCCAUCAAUAACAUCUUACCAGAAAUCUUAGAACUCUUCUGUUUCAUAUGCAGGAAAUUAAAUAGUCUAUCAUUUCUAAUAUUUACUAGUACAAUUUGCUGCAGUUUUGAGAUAGUAAUAUUUCAAGCCAAAGUGUAAAUCAUAAAUUGAAAACUGCUAGCAAAGAAUGGUAAUGGCUUGACAAUCUCUUAACGCCUGGGGAA